AUGGUGCCGCUAGGUCCCGGCCCAGGCCAUCCUGCUGCACACCAAACACACGGUGGACCUUCGGCCAAUCUUUCCGGGCCAAAUUCGUUAUCACAAUCUGCACCACAAUCAAACAAGUCUUCAGUGGCGAAGCCGAACUACACGCUCAAAUUCACACUCGCGGGUCAUACAAAAGCUGUGUCUUCAGUUAAAUUCAGUCCAAAUGGAGAAUGGUUGGCAAGUUCCUCUGCUGACAAACUUAUCAAAGUAUGGGGUGCUUACGAUGGCAAAUUUGAGAAAACAAUAUCAGGACACAAAAUGGGUAUUAGUGAUGUGGCUUGGUCCUCAGACAGCAGGUUGAUAGUCAGUGCCAGUGAUGACAAAACCUUAAAGGUAUGGGAACUGAGUUCAGGCAAAUGUUUGAAGACACUAAAGGGACACAGCAACUACGUAUUUUGCUGUAAUUUUAAUCCACAAAGCAAUCUUAUCGUAUCGGGAAGUUUUGAUGAGAGUGUACGGAUAUGGGAUGUGAGAACAGGCAAAUGUUUAAAAACACUACCAGCGCAUUCAGAUCCAGUAUCAGCAGUGCAUUUUAACAGAGAUGGCAGCCUUAUCGUAUCGUCCAGUUAUGAUGGAUUAUGUCGAAUCUGGGAUACAGCAUCAGGUCAAUGUCUAAAGACGUUGAUAGACGACGACAAUCCGCCGGUUUCGUUUGUGAAGUUCUCUCCAAAUGGCAAAUAUAUUCUGGCGGCGACACUUGACAACACACUCAAACUAUGGGACUACAGCCGGGGCAAGUGCCUCAAGACUUACACAGGACAUAAAAACGAAAAAUAUUGCAUUUUUGCCAACUUCAGUGUCACUGGAGGAAAGUGGAUAGUAUCAGGCUCGGAAGACAACUUGGUGUACAUCUGGAACUUGCAAUCAAAAGAGAUCGUGCAGCGGCUGUCGGGGCACACGGACACUGUGCUCUGUACGGCGUGUCACCCCACCGAGAACAUCAUUGCGUCGGCAGCCCUCGAGAACGACAAGACUAUCAAGCUUUGGAAGAGCGAUACUUAA